AUGGAUAAGAAGGCAACAACAACAACGAAUCAACAGCGAACACUACGAAAAACAUCUCCUCAGAAUUUAACUAUGGAAAAACAUACAAUAAAAAAACGACGUUAUUCUCAUCAAUCAAAAAUACUUUAUACGCAACAAGAACCUACAUUCUUCUUAUUUGAACACUUAAAUACUACUAUGACACAUUUAAAACAUCGAAAUAAUACAUCAUUUCGACCACUUGCUACUUCAACUCCCUAUGAAAUUGAACAAUCACAUUCAUUCAAUUGUAAUUCUCCACAAUCAAUUAUGAAACAUCAACGACCAUUAUUAACUCCUCCAGUUUUUUGUAGUACACCAAAACAAACUCGUCGUCAACCAACAAGUUCAUCGACAGCUAAAAGAAAAUUACCAAUUGUUAUAUCACAACGACGAUUACAAUUUACAACUAAUUCACAAUCAUCUGUACGACAUUCAAAUGAUCAAAGUAAACGAAUGACAAUGAAAAAUGUUAAAAUAUGGCUUUUAUAA